AUGGCGAAACGUGCUUUGCAGUCUGUUUGUGCCAUAUCCCCUCUUGGCCGCAAGAACCGCACGGUCUUCAGUGGUUCGGCAGCGAACCUUCCUGCGGAAACCCCGAUCGAGGAAGAGAGGGUGCCGGGCUACAGAGCGAGACACUAUUUUCCGGUUGAGCCUGGUUACAUUUUCAAUCAGAGAUAUGAAGCAUUGGCAAAACUGGGCUGGGGCACUUCCUCUACCGUCUGGCUUGUCCGAGACCUCCAUCGGUGGAGAUGGCAAUCCGAGCGAUAUCUGACCUUGAAAGUUGGCAAUUGCGACUUUAAAGAUACCAGUGCAGCACGACAUGAGUAUCAAAUUGAACGGCACAUUGCUCACGCCAACCCGCCACACGAAGGCCGCAACUAUCUACGAAGCUUUGUAGAACACUUUGAAGAAAAGAGUCCAAAUGGCACACAUGUGGACAAUAUCCUCGUCGGAUUUGAAGAUCCAGCGGUUAUACAGGACUUUGGCCUUACCCAAUCAGCCAAUCCAAUGCCGCGGAAAGUGCACGAUGGACGUGCCAUAUAUCUCUCUCACAACGACUUUGGUCCUCUCAGGUCUUAUUAUAUCCUUCCUAAACUAACGGAUUUUGGAUUGGCACACAACCAAAAAGAUCCAUCGAUGCUGAAUAGACAUCCGAUUCAACCGGAUGACUAUAGAGCUCCAGAGGUCAUACUGGGUGCUGGGUGGACAUACAGUGUUGACAUCUGGAAUCUAGGAGUUAUGAUGUGGAAUUUACUAGCGCCUCGGGAUCUGUUUACACGGGCCUUUGACGACAACGGUAACUACCAUCCGGAUGCACAUCUUGCAGAGAUGAUUGCAUUACUUGGUCCACCGCCAAAGGGAAUUGUAGACCGAGAAAGGGAGGGCUUGGAAUGGAACUGGAGCCCAGCUGCCCAAAAUGCUCAAGGAAAGCUCUGUACGACUGCAUCGGAGGGGUACGGGGGGCCAUUUUUUGAUGAAGAUGGUAAGAUCCUUAUGUCACUCGCAUUUCAGAAUAUCAUCCCACAAGACGUCAAGAUCGAGGAUACAGUCAAAUGCCUGGAGGGAGAGCAGAAGGAUCAAUUCUUAACAUUUGCACUAAAGAUGCUGCAGUGGCUCCCAGAAAAUAGGAAAGCAGCAAAGGAACUUAUCGAGGAUCCCUGGCUCAGUGAUGAGUCGAUCAGAAGAGGGGGCGUUUGA